GUCAAUGGCCGAAACACAAGAUUCGCAGACAAAUCUUGAGCGACCUCUAGUGUGUAACAACAUAAGCCAGAAAUGCACUUUGUCGGCGCUGCGGACUUUUAUUUUGAAACGUGACUUCAGCUGGCGCGAAACUUGUGUGUGAUUGUGGAAGAUUAUGAGCAACUACUGAAGUCUGUCUGAUAAUUGAGACGUUCAUUAAAAGACGAGUGAUUUGUGUGAAAAUCCUGAUUCAGCGAAUCGGAUACAAGAAUGGUUCAAAUAGUCAUCUCAAAUGGUGCUGGUGAGGGUCCUGCUGAAUGGCUUCUGGUGGAGCUGCAGGGUGAAAUGAUUUCAAGGCACAACUCUGGACUAGCGGGACACCUGAUGGGCGACCUUCACUACACUAAAGAGGGUGUUCCAGUCCUAAUAGUUGGACAUCACAUUCUCUACGGCAAGCAAGUUAAACUCGAGAAGCCCUUUGCUGUUCUGAUGAAGCAUUCUGGUGUCUCUCAAGAUGCUGAGGAAAGCAUGGAAACCAACCAAGACGGACCAACUUCUUACACAGUCUCGGCCCUCAUCAAAAAGAAACUUAUCUUUAAAACCCGGCCCAAGCCAAUCAUCACUAAUGUGCCAAAGAAAGUGUAGAAAACAGAUCAACCCCCAGAGACACUUUGUUUGCUCUUUUGUUGCAUUUUUAUAUGCAGUGAAGUCUGAUUAUAUGAAAACAUGCUUAUAUUAGUGUGGAUGAAUACAAUAUAGCUAUGCUACAUUGACUGUAUGCAAGUAAAACAUGAAUUUGCACUGUGGAUUAGUGUCUCUGUGCAGAUUUAUUGUUAAAGGAUGCUGUUGUAUUUGUUAUAGAGAAGAAAGUUGCAGUUGUUUACUGUGCGAAAUGUUAAAUGGAUCCUCUGAUGAUAAUGAACAAGAAACUAAACAUUUCGAAUCAAAGUUUUAUUGUCUCAAAACAUUUACAAGUGUUUGCAAAAAUACAAGGACAUGGCCAGACAUACUGUACUUAAGAAUUGACAUAAAUACAUAAACAUCAUUGAUAUAAUUUAUUAUCCUAAAAGACCAAGAUGACCAUUUUAGGUAUUAUAUGCUGUAGUGACGCCCACAAUAAAUGGUGUAUAAUGUUU